AUGUCUAUAAUUUCAGAAGUCAAACGCGGUAUACAAUUAGCUUGGUUGGGAUUAGUAUUAGCUUUUGAGAAUCGACAUUUACAUAAACACACAUAUGUAAAAGCAUUCUUUAUAUUAGCAGCAUUUAGCUUGGUACUUUAUCUCGUUACAUCAAUAGUAUUAGUAAUACCUUUGAAAAUUCUUCAACUUUUAGUCUAUUUAUUUUCUUUUGUAUUCAACUACGAUCCAAAUGUAUUUACCGAACGUUACCAUUUGUGGAUAACAAAAUAUGUUUUCAAUCUUCCUUUCCUAGGCUUAUUAUUUAUGAGAUACGUUUACCCAGAACCUUUAGACUCGUUAUUCAUGGAAUCACUUCGUAAUAUUGACGUAGUUUAUUUGAAGAAACAUGCUGGUGAAAAAAACCUUAGACCACCUUAUACAGAAGCAUUAGAACGAUAUCCAUACGGAGCAAAUUAUUGGGGUGAAAUGUGGCAAUAUUUGAAAAGGACUGGCAAUCAAAUUCAAAUUGCAACAAUUUUAUUUUUGUUGUCAUUGAUGCCAAUCAUAGGUUCGUUUGUUUAUCCAAUAGCGAGUGCUUACGCUUUGGUAGAUUCUUUGGGAUAUCCAACUGCCAUAACUAUAGGGGUUUUGAUGUAUCUUACACCUGGAACAAAACAUAUUGCCAUGGUUUCCUUGGAAACCAUAUUUUCUACAAGAGCAUUAAUGCGAGAAUUGUUGGAACCUUACUUUGGUAGAAUAAGUUUUAGUCCAAGCGAAAAGAAAAAAUGGUUUAAAGAAAGAGAAGGAUUGUUAUUUGGAUUUUCAAUUGCAUUUUAUCCAUUAGUUAGAUUACCUUUGAUUGGUAUGCUAUUCUAUGGUGCUGCUCAGAUUAAAAAUUCAUCAUUGUAUAUAGAAGCUCAAGAAUAA